CAACAUACUGAAUCUCACAUAGAUUUCACGGUAGAUACACCAGCUGGAUGCAGUAGUGCAACCACAAUCAAUUAUGAUGUACCAAUAGUUCUGGAUUCAAGUAUUAAUCACUCAGUGGUUGCGGUUACUGAAAACUCAGAUAUUUCAGGUAAAUACAGGCAUGAAACAUUUCGUUAUAUAAACUGA